AUGGAAGCAAACGUGAAGCGAAAACGAAUCGUAAGCUCAAAGUACAGCAGACACGCUUGUCGGACGUGCCGGUAUGUUCUGAUAAUUACAACAACGAUUUUGAGAGAUCGUUUUCUCACACUGAGCAGUAUCAGAAGAAUCAAGUGCGAUGGUAAAAAGGGUUCUUGCAACAACUGUACAUCCACUGGACGCAUUUGCGAUGGAUACGGCCUGCUGCUUAAGACUGCUAGGAUGUUUCGAAACAUCUGUCCACGACCUUCUGCACACUCGUUCGCCUUGAACGAUGCUGAGGGGCAUGCCCUGGACUUUUUCCGCCGCAUCACUAUACACCAGCUUCCUUGCGCGUCCGCCUUUGAAACACCAUGGGAGCUCGUGGCACUAGAUCUCAUGCAUAGCCAACCAUCAAUUGCAGCUGCAGCUUGCGCCUGCGCCGCCUUACAUCGCGCUCUCACCGAUGAUCCGGACCAUGACCAGUAUCAGUUUGCGCUACAGCAAUACAACAGAUCCUCGGCGUUAAUGAGAAAAUUCAUUAGCGAUCUGGACCAUGAUACCCCGGAAAGCGCUGCUCUUGUUGUCCUUGCAGUCUGCCUGCUUUUCUUCGCGUACAAGACAUUCUCUGGCGAUGACGCUAAGGCUGCUAUACACCUAUCCACUGGUCUACGCAUCAUUCAUGAGAGAUUGCGCCCCCGGGAAGAGACUCGGCCUCUGGACGACAGGAACGUGGUUAUAGUCGACCGUGACUUGAAGAGCAACUUUAGUAUUCUCGUUCAGACAUUUCUACGGCUAGAUUCGGAUUACAUGUUGAUAGGUCACGACGAACCCUAUCUGUACCCGAUUAGCCAGAACCUAAACUGCCCUACGUUCUCUAACCCUGAUGAGGCUAGUCUAUAUCUGGAGACUAUCACUGCAAAGAUCUUUGACGUCUACGACCGUCUGGCCGAAUACACCUUCGAAGACUUGGCUAAUCGUACACCCAAAGUCCUGGAAAGUCUAGAUGAGGAUCAAGAGAUCUGCCUCAUGCGAGCAGCUUUACGUUUUAUGAAACUGAAUCAAAGUCUCCGAGAAGCUGUAGAAGAAUGUAAAGAAUCUCUACAUACUUGGACCAAGGCUUUUAGAAUGGUACCUAGAACACAUGCGAACCUGCUGUCGCACAUAUCCACCCAAAUCUUCUUCUUCUGCGUCUACAUAUGGGUAGAAACGUGGCACGACGUUAACGCCUGCCUUGUCGAUCGCUUCGAGCCUCGAUUUGCCUAUUUUACCAAUCUUUGCGAGCAGUAUAUCCAGCUUCAUGCCGCAAAAACACCAAGUCAUAAUGCCUUUGUAGGCAGCAACGGGACAGCCACAGAUCGGUUUAACACACCUCCAGCUUUUUCGCUCGGCUCUGGUGUUGUAACUUGUCUUGCUGCCAUCGUCGAAAAAUGUCGGACAUCAUCAAUCCGUCGGCGCUGCAUUGCACUUUUGCGCAAGAUAAACUUAAAGGGUGUGUUCGACACGAACUACCUCGCGACCUACUUACAAACUAUCGUCGAUCACGAAGAGCAGGCCGCCCAGCUGUAUAAUCUAGACGUCGAUCAGAACGUCGGCUUCGAAGCGUGUAAUGUGCCUGAGCAAGCCAGACUCUUGGAAGUCAUCAUGUCACCCGCGCGCCAUCGAUCUCGGUUUGACUUCUACAAAACAGACCGUGUCAAUGCAGUUUUUGUCACAAACGGGAAUGCGCUGCAACUCGGACGCCUUACGGCCUGUGUCUCGCGAGGUGAAUGCUGA